UUUUAACCUAAAAAUUCCUUCUUUUGUUCAACGGGCAGCGAUUCUACUUGACUACAUCGUAUUUCUUGAUUUCAAUUGACCCCUUCUAGACAAAUUCGACCCCGUGAUUCAAUUAUAUACAUACAUACAUACAUACAUACAUAUAAUAUAUAUAUACAUACAUACAUAUAAUAUAUAUAUAUAUACAUACAUAUAAUAUAUAUAUAUAUACAUACAUAUAAUAUAUAUAUAUAUAUAUAUAUAUAUAUAUAUAUAUUGUUCCUUUAAUCCAAGAAAUGAUCUUCAUUUUCGUUGGAAAGUAUUAGGAGGGUCGCCGCCUCUGUUCUGUCAUCUUCAGAUUUUGCUGGUUUAGUUUCUUGUAAGCGUAAUAAUGGCUUUGGAUUCGAACAAUGGCGGCGAAGUUGGAGUGGAUAACUCUCUUCAGUCCAUUUGUUACAAGCGGGGCUCCUUGCGGCUGCUCGAUCAGAGGAAACUCCCUUUGGAAACUGUCUACUUGGAUAUCAAGGACGCAACAGAUGGAUGGCAUGCAAUUAGGGAUAUGGUUGUACGUGGGGCACCUGCCAUUGCUAUUUCAGCAGCUCUUGCUUUGGCAGCAGAAGUUUACAACUCAGCCCCUUUUAAUGGGACACCCAAUGAUGCAGCGUCACUUAUUGCAGAUAAAUUGGACUACUUAGUCUCCAGCCGGCCAACUGCGGUUAAUCUUGGCGAUGCUGCUAUAAAACUUAAAGAAAUUGUAUCCGGGGCCGCUGCUAUUUCGUCUGAAGCCAGGAGUGUCUUCCAAGCUUUUAUAGAGGCUGCUGAAGCAAUGCUGGAGGAUGACGUUGCUUCAAACAAAGCCAUUGGGUUCUAUGGAGCAAAUUAUAUCCGUGAUCAACAAAAAUCACUGGAGAAGUUUUCCGUUCUAACGCAUUGCAAUACGGGCAGUCUAGCAACAGCUGGAUAUGGUACUGCCCUUGGUGUUAUUCGUGCACUUCACUCUGCAGGCGUGUUAGAAAGGGCAUACUGUACUGAGACACGGCCCUUUAAUCAAGGAUCUCGACUCACUGCCUAUGAGUUGGUUCAUGAAAAGAUACCUUCUACUCUCAUAGCCGAUUCUGCUGCCGCCGCCUUAAUGAAAUUUGGAAGAGUGAAUGCUGUUGUAGUUGGGGCAGAUCGUGUUGCUGCAAAUGGUGAUACCGCAAAUAAGAUUGGAACCUAUAGUCUUGCAUUGUGUGCGAUGCAUCACAAGAUUCCAUUCUUUGUCGCUGCACCAUUGACUUCCAUAGACUUAUCCCUUUCUUCUGGAGAAGAAAUUGUUAUCGAGGAAAGGUCACCCAAAGAGUUGUUGAACUCUCGUGGAGGUCUCGGCGAGCAAGUUGCAGCAUCUGGUAUCGCUGUCUGGAACCCUGCUUUUGACGUCACUCCUGCUCAUCUGAUUUGUGGAAUCAUAACAGAAAAGGGAGUCAUCACGAAGGCGGGUUCUGAUUCUUUCAACAUAAAGGAGUUUGUUCAAAAGACAGCAGGGCCUUCCACAUAGAGAGGUGGCCGUCAACGAACGACGUGCUAUUCUACAGAAACAAAGAGGCACACAAGAACGGUGUAGACAGAUAAGAGCUCGUUGUCAUGCUGCUGGCGAUGGACUUACCAAAUACCGACUCUCAGACGGUGGCAAUUACGGCGGAAGUCGAGUGUGUGAAAUGCUAUUCUUGUGGAUUUACAGAGGAUUGCACGCCUGCUUAUAUUUCUCGAGUUCGCGAUCGCUUCCAUGGCCGAUGGAUCUGCGGGCUCUGUAUGGAGGCGGUGAAAGACGAAGUUGUGAGAUCGGGGAAGCUAAUCUCUACUAAAGAAGCUUUGAUUCGACACGCGAGUUUCUGUAAAGAGUUUAGAUCGACAAAUCCUAUGGAUGAAACAGAGCAUCCUAUCUCCGCCAUGGGACGGCUACUGCGGCGGAGCUUAGAUUCUCCCAGAGUUCUCCGAUCAAAUUCAAGUAAUGUAAUCAAACUCGAACCAAUUGUGGACAUCGGAGAUUCGGCUAGACUCCAACGAUCCGGGAGUUGCUUUCCUUCCUUGUCUAGUUAAAAAAAAACAAAUAAAAGAAACAGAGUAACAUUUUCAAGCGACUAACUAGCUUUAGUGGGUGGUUUCAACUUUCAAUUAGACUUCUCCGAUGAUUUUCAAACCAUUUAAAGAAAAGGGUUUGUGAAUUUCAGGAGUAAACUGACCAUUUUCUAGCUUUUCUGAUUCGUAAAUUUCGUCGUCGUAGUUUGUAUUUGAACAUCGGGUUGGGAUUUGUAACGAAUCAUUAGGUAAUUGUGUUUGCUUGAGAAGUGUACAUUGAUAAUUGAAUGGAAAGAUCGAAGAAUCUUUCAGUGGCUGU